AUGUUGUCGAGGACCUCUCAACGAACAGCGCAGACGCUCCUGCGGGGCGCGAAGCCUGCCGCUCGAUGGGCUUCCCCAAUGCCUACUCGAUCAAUGGCCACGGUCACCCAGGAUAUCUUCAAGCCCACCAAGUUCGGCGGCAAAUACACUGUCACCUUGAUUCCUGGUGACGGUAUCGGUGCUGAGGUCUCCGAGUCGGUCAAGGAGAUCUUCAAGGCGGACAACGUCCCCAUUGAGUGGGAGCAGGUCGACGUGUCUGGUGUCGACUCGGGCAACGUCCACUCCGAGGAGCUCCUCCGCGAGUCGAUUGCUUCGCUCAAGCGCAACAAGCUCGGUCUCAAGGGUAUCCUCCACACUCCCGUCGAGCGCUCCGGCCACCGUUCCUUCAACGUUGCUCUCCGUCAAGAGCUCGACAUCUACGCCUCCAUCGUCCUCCUCAAGAACAUCCCCGGCUACGAGACACGCCACAAGGACAUCGACUUCUGCAUUAUCCGUGAGAACACCGAGGGUGAAUACUCCGGUCUCGAGCACCAGUCGGUCAACGGCGUCGUUGAGUCGCUCAAGAUCAUCACCCGUGAGAAGUCGGAGCGCAUCGCCAAGUUUGCCUUCGCCUUUGCGCUCGCCAACAACCGCAAGAAGGUUACCUGCAUCCACAAGGCCAACAUCAUGAAGCUUGCCGAUGGUCUGUUCCGCAACACUGUCAAGCGUGUUGGUGAGGACUACCCCACUCUCGAGACCAACGACAUGAUCGUCGACAACGCCUCCAUGCAGUGUGUCUCAAGGCCACAGCAAUUCGACGUCAUGGUCAUGCCCAACUUGUACGGAGGUAUCCUGUCCAACAUCGGUGCCGGUCUUGUCGGUGGCCCUGGUAUCGUCCCCGGUUGCAACAUGGGCCGCAACGUCGCCGUUUUCGAGCCUGGAUGCCGUCACGUCGGUCUCGACAUCAAGGGCAAGGACCAGGCCAACCCCACCGCUCUGAUCUUGUCCGCUGCCAUGAUGCUCCGUCACAUUGGUCUCGAUGACCACGCCAACCGCAUCUCGCAGUCCGUCUACAAGGUUAUCGCUGACGGCACCGCCCGCACACGCGACAUGGGAGGCAACACCACCACCCACGAGUUCACCCGCGCAGUUCUGAACCAGAUGGAGAAGGCAUGA